GAACCGGGAAUCAAGUUUAUUUUUAUUAAUAUCUGACCCCGCAAGACGUUUUUUUUCAAAUUACUUAGUCUCCACCAACGCAUUUCGGUCCGUUAUGUCGCGUUGACAGUUGUUUUGGGAGAAUAUUAAGCGGUACCUUUUAAAGCGGGUUUUUAUUUUGUGGAGAUAUUGUACAUGUCGGUGAGGAUCAAUUCUCGGGAUCUUUCUGAAGUUGGAGUGAAGAAGGGGCCGGAGCGGGAACAUUCUGGAAGUUUCUGACUCACUGACUGGAAUUUUCUCUCCACAUGGAAGACGGUGAUGGUGCUGGCCGGUGGGACGGGCUGUGCAGCAGGGACGCCAACCUGCGGGAAGUCGCGCUGGACGGGGUCCGGCAGCUGGUGCUCAGCUUGUCCGAGAAGGCCGGCCCGACUAACGGCAAACCCCCGCCGCCCGCUCCGGGACACGGCCCGGCCGCCGCUGCAUUACGCCCCCUCAACGGCCUCGACCACCACCUGGUGCGGCUCCUGGUGCUCUCCCAAAGGUGUCCCUUCAGCGACGUGAGAGAUAAGUGCGGGGCCAUCCUUCAGGCGGUACAGGAAAUGGGAGUGAGAAUCCCCAGGCCUUUGGGUCAAGGACCAAGUGAAUUUAUCCCUGAGAAAGAAAUCAUCCAAUUAGGAAGAGAAGAUGCAGAGACACGCCUACUGUUCAUUGAAGCAUUUGCUACUUUGGGUCACCUGGACAACAUCACCUUGUUGAUGGGAUUCCAUCCACGGUACCUUGACAGUUUUCUCAAAACCCAACACUACUUGAUGCAAGUGGAUGGUCCAUUGCCAUAUCAUUAUCGACACUACAUUGCAAUAAUGGCUGCGGCUCGACACCAGUGUUCCUAUCUUGUAAAUAUCCACGUUAAUGACUUUCUGCAAGUUGGUGGGGAUCCUAAAUGGCUAGCAGGAUUAGAUUCUGCUCCUCUGAAGCUUCAAGUUUUAAGUGAAGUAAAUAAAAUUCUUGCUCAUAGACCAUGGCUUAUUACCAAAGAUCAUAUUGAGAAACUCCUAAAAGCUGAGGAGCAUGGCUGGUCAUUGGCUGAGUUGGUACAUGUGGUCGUACUACUCACACACUAUCAUUCUCUUGCAUCUUUCACAUAUGGCUGUGGUAUCAACCCUGAGAUACAUUGUGAUGGAGGCCAUACAUUCCGACUCCCUUCUGUUGGUAGUUGCUGUGUAUGUGACUUUACAAAUGGCAAUGAUGUUGUGGAAGACCUACUGAAUGGCCAAGAAGGAACCAAAGUAAGCUCAAAAAUGGGAACAGAGACCGUUUGUGAGGUAGAAACUCUGAUGAAGAAAAUGAAACAGCUGCAAGAAUGUAGAGAUGAAGAGGAAGCAAGUCAGGAGGAAAUGGCCACACGAUUUGAGAGGGAAAAAACAGAAAGUCUCUAUGUAGCACAAGCAGGUGAAGAAGCAGUGGAUACAAGGGAUGUUUCUCGCCGUUUUGAAGACCCAACCUACGGUUACAAAGAAUUUCCCAGACAGGGCGAGCAAAAUGUGCCCACAUUUCGAGCUCAGGAUUAUACUUGGGAAGAUCACGGGUACUCCCUUGUUAAUCGUCUUUAUCCAGAUGUUGGUCAGCUGUUGGAUGAAAAGUUUCAGAUCGUUUACAACCUGACUUAUAACACUAUGGCAAUGCAUAAAGAUGUUGAUACCUCAAUGCUCAGGCGAGCCAUCUGGAACUAUAUCCAUUGCAUGUUCGGAAUAAGAUAUGAUGAUUAUGAUUAUGGUGAAAUUAAUCAGCUAUUGGAUCGAAACUUUAAAGUUUAUAUAAAAACCGUAGUCUGCUGUCCCGCAAAGACUACAAAAAGAAUGUAUGACAGCUUCUGGAGGCAAUUCAAACACUCUGAGAAGAUUCAUGUGAAUUUGCUUCUUAUGGAAGCUCGAAUGCAGGCAGAACUUCUUUAUGCUUUGACAGCCAUUACACGAUAUCUAACAUGAAAAGCCUGCACUUUCAUAAGCAUCCAUUCUCAUUGAAGGAAUUGCCAGUCAUUUGAACCAAAGUAGGCAAAUUAUCCAUAAAUUCCAUUGUGCCAUAACACACAUCAUGAGAAAAGUGUUACUACUUGGUGCAUAGUGGCUUGCCUGUAACUCUGGACCUUUCACCAAAGGAGCAGAAUGGAAGACUGUGAAAAACCAAUGUGCAACCUGAGUAUUUGAUCAUCUGUGUGUGUUUUGACAACACAAAGUAAUUUCUAACACUUACAAUGAUUUGCAGCAAUGCAACAAGCUUAUAUGCUUUUGUCUUUUUAGACUAGGUUAUAAUGUGUGGUUGCUGUAGGUAACUGGAGUUGGAGUAUUUUUUUUAAAAAAAAUUGGGGUCUGGAAGAUUUGUAUCUCUAGGACCUUUUUCUAUACAUUGGAAGUUGUUGGUGCUGCUAUUCCUGUCAGUGGUUGCUGCAAUUGCUGGCUGGCCCUGUUGAGUUAAGACUAUCGAUCUGAAUACUGCAGCUACCUGAGCCUGUAUUGUGAACUCCAGUGAUGAGUCACAGUUUGAGAGACUGUACUGACAUUUAUAAUUGUUAGAAUUCUAACACAUCGCUGUAUAAUUUUUGAAAUAUGCAAGUAAUUCUAUAACUUGUAUUCUGCUGUAAACCUGCAGUGUGAUUCUUUUUACAUUUGUUUCAAAGAUUGAUGUAGUAGUGUUAGAUACAAUUCAGUUUUACCCAAAGUAUUGUCUUGAGACAAGAAAUGUAUUUUGAGUUUCUGUCUUCCUUGCAAAAUUUACACACUGUAAUGCUUUAUGAAUGUUUUGUAUUACAGUUAAUGUUUAUAACUAUUGCUAUUUGUGAGAGAAGGUUCCGUUACCUCUAGCACAGUAAAAGUUUUCUGUUACUAGUAGCUUUGUCCGGAAGCAUGAUUCUAGGUGACAGGACAAUAGUUUUUAGAAUUACAGCACAAAGACAUAAUUGUUUUUUUUAAUGUGAUAUUUUAACCAUCAACAGCUUAUCUAACAAAGCUGGAAAUGUUUUGUUUACUGAUGACCAGUACUUGAUUAAAAAUAUCAGCAUGAAGUCUUUUCUGUUUUCAUAGGUUUUUCAUCAACUUAGUGGUUGUAAUACAAAAUAUUAAACUUGUUUUUUUAAAAUAAAUGUCAGUAUUGACAUUUCAAAUGAAUGAAAUAAAAUUUGUUGCCAAUGUA